AUGGCGACAUCAAAUAUAGCAUUGAGAAGAGAGGUCAUCAAUAUAUACAAAGAGCUUCUACAUCUGGGAAGGGCCUAUCCAUUGGGUUACGACUACUUCCGCCCAAGGCUGCACAAGGCCUUCAUCAGCAACGCAGGUUUGGCGGACGAGGCAGAGAUCCGUCAAGGAAUCAAGAGGGCGGAAUUCGUCAAGAAAGAAAUCGAAGCACUGUAA